AUGACAUGAAGUUUUUCAAAAGAUUGUCAAUAUUGGCAUAAUAUUCAGUUGGAUAAACAUGGACACGAAUGCUGAGGAGGAUCAAACAAAUCUGAAAGACGAUGAACAAUUUUUAAUCUCCGUGGAGGACACCUUGCAGACCGUCGAGAAAAGUGUUCAUAAAUUUAUGAAAGACUUGCCAGAAGCGCUUGUUACUUCUGGCUUAGACUUAGAUUUAGAGAGGCUAAAUAUACAAGACAGGCAGAAAAUACAAGAUCUUAUCGGUCCGAAAUCUCUGACCGAUCGGAUAAAUAAAGAGGAGAAAGAAAGAAUAUCGGCACUGGAAUUCGAGUGCUCGCAAUUACACGGUCAGCUGCGGCAGCAGGUAGACGCGAAUAAAAAGGCGCAAGAGGAGAUACAAUAUUUAAGAGAACAAAUAUUGAAUCAGAGUACGUACUGUGCGACUUUAGGCGCAGUUUUGGGCAAUUUGACAUGGCGUGCGUCUAGAUGUCCGGAGAUCGUUGAUGUCUGGCUAUCUGGGUUUCAGGAUAAGAUUGGCGAGUUUUUAUCGAUAACGGACGGAAGUUUCGUCGCGUUUAUAAACACUUAUCGAAAUGCAUUCCCCCCCACCUGUAACGUCGAAUAUAAGUUUAUAAUUGGGUUGUUAGGCAUUGUGACGAAUAUAUCGGCAACUCCCGAAGGACGUGAAUUUUUAAUUACCGAUCCGAACGGCAGGGCCUUCAUACAAAAGAUGGUGAAACUCAUGCCCACCUUGCCUCUGUCGCAAGGCUCCUUGUCGCUGAAGAGAUUAAUGCUGAUGACGUUCUACAACGUCAGUAUGAAUAAAACCGGCUUGCAACAUCUCUUCGAAUUGCGGAUCGGCGACAUGCUGAGUUAUUAUCUAAAGAACAAUUCUCUGCCGGACGAAAUAUUGUUUCUGUGUCUGCGCGUGUUGUACUCGAUCACGUAUGGUCUGACCAAUCCGAAGUACAUUCACGAGUUGAUCACGAGCCUGCCGAUCGGCAAAAUAGAGAAUAUCGCGACUUCGAACAAGAACGAGAUGAGCACGGUCGCGAAACAAGUGAUAAAACAGUUACGGGAUUCGCAGAAAUAUAUCGGUUCGAAUUGA